AUGGCAGUAUGUGUUAUGCCAUCCACAGAUAUCAAUGCGGGACAGGCUAGAGACUUAAAUAAUGACCCAAUAAGCUACUAUGGCAACUACUGUGGAGGUUUGGGCUAUGGCUGUGACUGCAAAUAUAGUUAUACCUCUGGCUUUGGUGCCUUUAGAAUCCGUGGCUGCAGAUGUGGCUGUGGUGGUGGGGUAUGGAUUUGA